UAAUUUUUUGAAUAAUUUAAAAUCAAAUGGCAGAGGUAGAGAAUGAACAGCCUCCUAUUGAGGCUGAAGGAGAGGGAGCUCCAGAGGAUCAAGAACCAGCUGCUGAGCCAGUCCUCGACGAAAGUGGUGGAUAUGACGACCCUGAAGAAGGAGAACGUGCUGAGAAAAUAGCCUUAUGCUCUCAACACAGGAUCAACCCUAAUGCUUUGCCAAACCAAGAUUAUUUAGAGAUGAAGGUGAUGCCCACUGUCUUAAAGGGCCUAGCUGAGGUCUGUGAAGUUCGUCCUGAAAACCCAGUGGAAUUCUUUGCUUAUUAUCUCCUCAAGCAUAGCCCUGAAUAA